CACACACACACAUAUCCUUGCCAUACCAGUCCGUUUGUCUUCGUGUACCACAAUCAAGCUCUCUCCUUCUCCGGUCACCAGCUUAGUCUGCGGAGAAAAAAGGUAAAUUUAACACUCAAAUUAGUAAACAUUUCCAUCAAAACUUUGAGUACAUUUUUUAUGAAGAAACGUCAAUGUCGUACUUUUUUCUGCAACUCGACAAUGACGAUCUUAUUUUCCAUGCUCAGAAGAGUAUCUUUCCGGGUGAUUUGUGAACGUUGAUGCAGCUUUCUGGCGGAGGGGAGCGGCGCCAAAUGUGCGAGUGAAAAGGUGAGGAUAUGCUGUCUGAAUUCAUACAGGAGGAAGGCAAUAUACGACGGUCUCCUGUUACUUCUGAAAGGAAGUAAGAGGAAGUGUAUGUUGUCACUGCCACUACCAUGAGUUGGAGUUUCCUGACUCGUCUGCUGGAAGAAAUCCACAACCAUUCUACAUUUGUGGGCAAGAUUUGGCUCACUGUCCUCAUCGUUUUCCGCAUUGUGUUGACAGCCGUAGGAGGGGAGUCCAUCUACUAUGAUGAGCAGAGCAAGUUUGUUUGCAACUCAGGCCAGCCGGGCUGUGAGAACGUCUGCUACGACGCCUUCGCUCCACUCUCACAUGUCCGCUUCUGGGUUUUCCAAAUCAUCCUGGUGGCCACGCCUUCACUCAUGUACCUGGGCUACGCUGUCAAUAAAAUUGCUCGGGCUGAUGAGCAGGCAGACGGCGGUGAAGUGAGGGGAUUUUCGCGGAGGAAACCCAAGAAGCACUAUCAUGCAGGCCGCAAGCAGCAUAGGGGCAUUGAAGAGGCCGAGGAUGACCAAGAGGAAGACCCGAUGAUCUAUGAAAUGGCAGAGGCGGAGAGUGAUGGUGGUGGAGCAGUGAAAGGAAACAGUGGUGACGGACAAGCAAAGGUAAAGGUGCGCCAUGAUGGGCGUCAACGCAUCAAAGAGGAUGGACUGAUGCGUAUUUAUGUCCUGCAGCUCUUGACCCGCUCCUUGCUGGAGGUGGCUUUCUUGUGUGGACAGUAUGCCCUAUAUGGAUUUGCUGUGCCUCCCACCUACGUGUGCUCCAACUUGCCCUGCCCUCACAGUGUGGACUGCUUUGUAUCACGGCCCACUGAGAAAACUAUCUUCCUUCUCAUCAUGUACACAGUCUCCCUGCUCUGUCUGGUACUCAAUAUAUGGGAGAUGGUUCACCUGGGCAUAGGUACCAUCUGUGAGAUUGUACGCUCCCGCCGGGUGCAGCUUCCUGACAAUGAGCUGUACGGGCUGACACUGGCACAAGGAGCUCUUAACGAGGCGGGAUUGAGUGGAGAGGAUUACAGCAGCUACCCUUUUUCUUGGAAUGCACCAUCAGCUCCACCUGGGUACAACAUCGCCAUGAAGCCUCUUCUGUUAUCAACAGGGCACCACAACCAGCCACUACCAAUCACUGAUCUCACUAAUGCAAAGAUGGCUUGCCGGCAGAACCACGUGAACAUUGCCAAAGAGGAACGUCAGCAGUACACCAAUAAUGAUGAAAACCCUUGCAGAGCAGGGAUGGAUGAUGCCCGCAGAGGUGGUCAUAAGGACAUUUGUCAUCCUCAGAACAAGCUGGAGGCUGACAAUCCGGCCUACAGACAGCCACAGAGCCACAGUAAUAACCACAGCAAGCCUCAACGUGAACGUAAACACCGGCAGGUCUCCAAACAUACCUCAAGCAAGGCAGACGUGGACAGAAGCAGCAGCACCAGUAGUAGCAGCAAAUAUGGAGUUAUAAAUGGUUCAGAGUGGAUCUGAAAUACAGACCGUGACUAAGUUUUUGUUAUUUUUAAACAAUGCAAAGCCUUCUCAGACCAGCACAGUAUUUAUGUUUGUGUUUCCACACUGUUUAUAAAAAAUGGGCACGGCACCCAGUUUGAUUUAUUAGUGUCAAGAUCUAUCUUGUACCAGUCCACUGAUAGCGAAAUAUAUAAACCCCUCAACAGGGAUAAUUAAUAGUAUAUAUACUUUGUCAGUAAUAGCAGAGUCGGUAUUUAGUAUUCAGGUUUAAAUUGCCUUAAAACUCAACAGUACAGGAUAGAUUCUGCUACUAGUAUAUAAAUGGAACAGAAAUGGAAUAUUGUAAGAAAGCAUUGAAGAUGAUGUAACCCUUUUAUGUAUGAAUACAUGUUUUUUGCAGAAAGAUGUUGGUGCUGUCUCUAUGUCCCUGUGAAUAUGCAGAGGCCUCCAUGCUGUAACCUCAGGUGCCUUACUUACCUAGUUAAAUGUCCUCAUCACUAUGGACUGAAAACAGAAGAAAAGUCUUACUGAGUAGAGUAGAGUGAGUAGUUUCGAAUCCCAUCCAGGGGUUAAGCUUUGCACAAUGUUUCUGAAUAUGCAAAAUUAUCUUAUUUUCACGGGUCACCAGUUUUAGAUCAGCCAUUAAAAAUUAGAGAGUAUUUUUUCAGUUGGUAUUAUAACAGCUUCUGUGUAUUUUUGGGACAGAGAGGAAGUCUAUUAAUGUUUUGACAGAUUUUGAAAUUAAUUGAUAACUCUUAGUGUCAAGCUGUUACAUUUUUUGACAUAUAUUUUGUUUGUUCGAAGUUAAUGCUAUGAAGGUUUUCUCAACCAUUAGUUCAUUGGUUUGUGUAAUUUACGUGAUAGAAAAUAACUAGUAUAUCCAUGUGUUCUGUUCCCCCCCAUAAAGAAUUCCUUGAAAUGUACACAUACUUUUAUCUGCAGAUUUUCAAAUUGAAAUGUCAUUAAGGCUAGUCCUUUGCACUGUGCCAGUGUUUUGUGAAAAAUAUUUUUAUAAACAAAAAGUGCAUGUUUUGAAUAAACAAUUGGUAUUUGC